CAGCAGAGUGCCGUUGAAGAGCGUGCGGUCCACCGGAAAUUAUAGACGAAUUAGUCAAAAAACAAAACUACAUGUGGACGGGCUACAGUUCAAAUAUAAAAAUUACAAACUAAAUACACUUUUUAAAAGUGCAAAUGGACGAAGAGCAAACGGCCGGGUACAGGGAGCCCUGUGGUGUGUGUUCAGCGGUGAAUUGGGGCGUUUCAGACGAGGGGCGUUUCUACUGCAGGUCCUGUCACAACGUCAUCGAGAGAACCAGAGAGGUGGUGGACCCCACCUUCACCCCCGGCUCCUCCCGGAUCUCCACCAUCGGCCGAGGAACCAAAACCAAGAGACCCGAGCGCGGGCGUCAGUGGGUGAUCUGCGAGGCUUUCCAGUUCAUCCUGAGAAACCAGGCCAACGCUCUGCUCAGACUGGGAGUCCGUCCAGCAUUCAAGGAGGAAGUGCUGUGUCAGCUUUGGAGAAUCUACCUGCAGAAGAGUCGACAGGCGUACACCAACAACCCAGUGAGGACCUCCACAUUUAAAGUGCGAGGUCAGGUCUCUGACUCUGACAGUGCAGCCGAGAUGUCUGUCAUCUCAGCCAGUGAGACGGACGGAGACACGAACGCGUCCAGCACCGCCGGCUCCAUCGCAGGAAGCUCCAGUGAUUGGUCGCAGUUUUCGGGUUCUCUGGACGCCGCCACCUACCUGUCGUCCCGGCUGAGACGCUGUCGCCACGGUCUCAUGACCAUGAAGAAGACUCUGGCGUUGCUCCACCUCGCUCUGGUCUGGAUCCGCGAGCCGCUGACGCUCAGCGACCUGCUCAGGUUGGUGAACGAGGGACACGUCCCGUACGUUAAUGCCUACGAGGAACUUCCUGUCGAGAUGAAGCUGGAGGGGAAAGACGCUCUCAUCUUCAGAGUCGACAGCGUCCCGUCCCACCGGGCGGUGCAUAAGGAGGCUCAGACUCUGAUUCUGUUCCUGCAGUUUCCUGCUUUUCCUCCAAUCAGCCAGCAGAGUCUGCUGCACCCGGCCCUGCUCAGCCUGCGCUACCUGAUGGACGCCAAUCUGCCCGACGAUCUCCACCCGUGGGUCUGUCGGCUGAUGGAGCGCGCCGGGAUGGCGGAUGGAGCGCUCCACACGUUCGACCGCCUGUCCCGGCCGGUCCUGCCGCUCUACGACGUCCAGACCGCUGCCCUCAUCAUCGUCACCAUGAAGCUCGUCUUCGGCCUCGACGACCACACAGAAUGGGAUUUAUCUAAUGACGCAGCCGACCAGGACGACACAGGAAACCUGUUCAGUGUGCGGCGGUGGUUCAGACUUGUGCAGACCGCCCUGAUCUCAGCGCAGCGGAGGAGAGAACAACACGUCGCCAGGAAACAGUGGACCCCCAAGAAACCUCUUCACCCAAACAGCCAGAAGAAAUGUGUGAUGAUGAAGAAGUGUAGGAGUCACUACUCGGUGGUGGAGGAGACGCUGCCGCGGUCCUUCGUCUGGCUGCUGCAGCUCUUCAGCUUCCUGCUGGACGUCACGGUGCCGAGUCUCUACGAGGAGACGCUGCGGGUGGAAAGACGCCUCGCCGGACGCGGGAAGAACAGAAGGAAAAACAGAGAGGAAGAGGUGGAGAGAGGAAGAGUUGGAGAAACAGAGAGGAAGAGGACGAGGAGGAGGAACGGAGAGAACAGAGAGGAAGGAGAGGAGGAUCAGAAAAGAAGAGGAACAGAGAAGAAGAAGAAGAGGAGGAACAGAGAGAAUAGAGACGAGGUGACCGGAGGUGUGGCUGCGGUGAAACGCAGGUUAACUGAGACGACCCCGAGAGGGAAGAUCAGGACGCAGCCGAGACAACAAAGAGAGGCUGCGGACCGAGCUGCAGGUCCCUGA